UCAGCUCCUGGACACCUGGCUGGAAGUUGGCUGUCCUGCUUCCUGUGACCUUGGGGGCUUGAACAGGACAGGGAGCAGGGCACUGAGACUCUCCUUCCCCAGCCUUUUUCCCUUAAUCCCUCCUCCCUUGUCGCUUCUACCCCGCCCUCUACCGUCCUAAACUGCUUCCUGGGCCAGGACUGGUCGGCCUUUUCCUUCCCCAGUUGUGGGGAGAAGGGUGUCGCAGCCCUAGUCGCCUUCGGGGGACAUGGAGCCCAGGAGGGUGGGGCCUGGGGCGCACUGCUGGGGGCCUCGGGUGGCCGCGGGGUCGGGGACGGCUGCGGAGCUCGUGUACUACCUAGCGGGGGCCUUGGGCACUGAGCUGAAGGAGCUGGCGCGCCGCUUCGGGCCGGAGGCGGCGGCCGGGCUCGUGCCGCUGGUGGUGCAGGCGCUGGAGCUCCUGGAAAAGGCGGCUGUGGGGCCCGCCCCGGACUCGCUGCAGGUAUCCGCGCAGCAGGCCGAACUCGAGCUGCGGCGGCUGCGGGAGGAGAACGAGCGCCUCUGCAAAGAGUUGCGCUCUGGGCCACAGGAGGAGCGCGCUCUGCUGCGGCAGCUCAAGGAGGUGACCGACCGCCAGCGUGAUGAACUCCGGGCGCACAACCGCGACCUGCGGCAGCGCAGCCAGGAGACGGAAGCGUUGCAGGAGCAGCUGCAGCGCCUCCUGCUGGUGAAUGCGGAGUUGCGGCACAAGCUGGCCGCAGUACAAACCCACUUGCGCGCCGCGCGGGACCGCGAGAGCGAAUCAGAGCGGCGGCGCGAAGCGACCUUGGAGCCCGCGCCAGAGCAGGCUCAGGGCCAGGCCGCGGCGCCCGGGUGCGAGCAGAGGCAGCAGCCCGAGACGGCAGCCGCGGGCACAGGAGCCCCGGAGACCCAUGAGGACCGGGUGGAUGCGCUGCCGCCGCCAGGACGCCCCCCCAAGGUAGGGCAGUGCGGCUUCAGUCGAGAGGAGGUUGAACAGAUCCUUCAGGAGAGGAAUGAGCUCAAAGCCAACGUGUUCCUGCUGAAGGAGGAGUUGGCCUACUUCCAGCGGGAGCUGCUCACAGACCACCGGGUCCCCGGGCUUCUGCUCGAAGCCAUGAAGGUGGCUAUCAGGAAGCAACGAAAGAAGAUCAAGGCCAAGAUGUUAGGGACCCCAGAGGAAGCAGAGAGCAGUGACGAUGAGGAUGGCUCAUGGCUCCUGCUCUCCAGGGAUAAGGGAGACCACCUCCAGCCCCCACCCCCUGAGUCCAGAAUACAGAGUUUCUUGGGCCUGUGGUAUCGGGGUGAAACCGAGGCCCCUGAAGCGGAGGCCGGCAUUGCGGCUACCAGCGAGGUACGGGGAGGAGAGGAGGCUCCACAGCCACCGCACUUGGAGCCUGUGGGCAGCCUGACAGCCCCCAACUCCUGACCGGCCCUGCUCUGCUCUCGAUGAAUAUCUUCAUCUGGGGUCCCAGCUGCCCCAGAGGCCUGACUUCGGAGUCUGUCUGGGGGUGGAUGGGUGACCUCAAAUGAGGACAGGGCUCCCUCCUUCCCCGCCCUCCCCGGGCUCUUUUCUAACCCUGGCCUGAGCCGGGGUGUGACGGGGAGCUCAACCUACCUUCCUUCCUGUAUCUCUGUGCCAAGCCUCCAGGGCCAGAUAAAAGUGCUGCUUCUGUGAGUUUCAGUUUCCCCAUCCAUGAAAUGGAGAGUUGACUACCUCCCUCCCAGGUGUUUGUACGGAUGGCCUAAGCUAAUGUAAUAAAGCAACUGCCCGUGAUACCCA